UUUGAUUUGUUUAUCAAAUAAUUCAAAUAAAUUACAUACAGUUUUUCUAAAUAAGAAAGUCAUUUAAAAAUAUGCUAUUUUGUUUUAAAUAAAAGCAAGAGCAAAUUCUCAACAUGAUACACGAAGUGUUGCUCUCUUGUUUGAAUUUGGAGUCCAAGCGUUUGUCAUUGGAAGACUUUACCGCAGCAGAUGUUUCAACUUUCCUGCAUCCUUGUGAAAAAUAUGUGCUACAAGAUAUUAUAAAAAUUAUCAAUAUAUUGCGUGAUAUUGAAAAAUUCGCUAAAGUAUGUGGCAGUAAUAAUAGUUCCAAUCGAAGUGUUGUAAUUUUCGACUCAGAUGAGCCGCUGCAAAAAGGACUCUAUUUGAAAGCUUUUGCCAAUGGCAUCGAUACGGUAUUGAAAGAUUAUUUUGCUGAUAUUACAGCGUUGGAAAGAAGCUAUUUACAGAAUCCUGCCAAUUACUCGCUGCUCUUCAUAUAUCGAAACCUAAAAUCAUAUGAGCCGCUUGCGCUUCACUUAAGAAAACUCAUACGCGUCAUACGUACACAGAAACUGCAUGGCUGCGAAAUUAUGCAGUAUUUGCAUCAAAAUGCCGAGCAUGGUGAUAAGAAAAUACGUGCAGCUAUAAAAACAUUACAGCUCGCCGUGAAUGUGGUAUUCUUUAAACAGUUAACACAUUGGUUACUUUAUGCCAAGAUAAUUGAUACAUAUGGCGAGUUUUUCAUACAAUGCGCCGAGGGUCAUGGUAAUAGUGCGGCUGAAAGUGAGACUAGUAAAUGCGCUAGCACAGAAAGUGGUAAACAUGCAAGCACCAUAACUACGUUGUCAAAAGUGGCCAGCACAUAUGCGGAUAUUUGGCGUUAUGAAAUAUGCUACGAUCUACUGCCGCAUUACCUGCCCGCUGGUUGGGCUGAGAAGGUGCUAUUCAUAGGACAAACAAUACUCAUAUUUAAAGCAGAUGCCAAUAAGCAUAAAAAUCUCACACAAAAUUGGAGUAAAACGGAACAUACUGAUUUGGAGGAUGAGAGUUCGUUGAGUAAUGAAAAGGAGCAUAUUUAUUUUGGUAAAAUACAAAUGUUGCAAAAUGAUGAAGAGUUGAAUGUGCAACAUUACGAAAGUAUCGUCAAUGAAAUUAAGUCAUAUGUAACUACACGUUUGUCGGAAAUUGCAAUUAAUCAGGCAGAUUUAGUGCAACAAUUAAAGCUAAUGAAAGAUUUUUUCCUACUUGGGCGUGGCGAAUUAUUCUUGGAGUUCUUACGUCUCACAUAUAUCAUCGGCAAAGACAAGUAUAAUGAAAAUAAAGUGCAUGAUUUUGUUAAGGCAUUCGAAAAUGCUGCGCAUGGCGUUGGUGUUUCUGAAGAUCUCGAACGCUUUUCGCUCAAUAUUGCCAAACCAUUGUUGCAGGGAGGUAAUCCGAAAGAAUUGGAGCAUAACUACCUGCAGUAUAUGCAAUUGAAUUAUAAAAUUAAUUGGCCACUACAUUUACUAUUCUCUCCCAAGGUCAUAGAACAUUAUAAUAUACUAUUUCGUUUUUUGCUUCUCAUAAAGAAAAUGCAAUUCGAACUGCAUAUGCUAUGGAGCAAUAAUGUACGCCGUUGCAAAAUGAACACUAAUGAACAUUUAAAAUUGACGAAUCUCUUAAAUCAAUUAAUGUUCUUCAUUGAUAAUUUGCAGUAUUACAUACAAGUCGAUGUGCUGGAAAGCCAAUUCAGCAUACUAAUAAAUACUAUACUCAAUAAAGCAGACUUCGAAGAGAUACAAAAGGCGCACAGUAUAUUCUUAUCCAAUAUACUUUCACUAUGUUUUCUACAUUCAAAUGAUGAAACUACUAAAAUUAAUAUUAAUCAAUUUAUAAUCUCACAAUCGAAUAAUCCAAUUUAUAAUAUUCUCAUCGACGUGUUCAAUUUGUGUGACAAUCUCAGCAUUGUUUUGGGUCAAGAGCAGUCUGCGCAGAAAGCUAAAGAUCAUGUUGAGCAGCUUGAUGAACGUUUUGGUUCAUUAAUGGAUCAAUUAAUGAACUACUUGAUUGCCUUAAAAACGAAUCCAACAACUACGCCCUUGUCGCAAUUACUCUUGCGUUUGGAUUUCAAUCAUUGGUUUAGCACCAAAAGGAAACAAACUUUGGAUUAAAAAUACUAUAAGUACUGAGUUUUGUUUUACUUUUCAGAAAUCAUUCAUCUAAUCUCUCUAUUAUUAAAAGACAUUUCCUGUAUUAAUUUAAAUAAAAGAAAAAUUUUAAAUUGAUAUUAAA